AUGUCCUUCUCGUUUAACUUUGCAGUGGAUAGUAGCUCCACGACAAUGCCAUUAGCGUCGACUACUGUCUCUACCCCGUCCAAUUCCUCUAUACGUUUGCGCAAGUGUGAACGAUUUAUCUAUCAUCCAAAUGCCACGUCCGUCGCCUUUUCCACUGUCCGAGUAGGUGAUCAAACGUUUCAAAUUGUCAACACGACACACGCGGACUUUAUGACUCGUACAGGUGCCAUUAGUUCCAUUUUGACCACGUCGGACGUGCAGACGGGGGGUUUAUGA